UUUCAUUCAGCUUUGAAUCUUUUUUUUCCUUGAAAAGUAAUCUAUAGAGGGAAAAGAUUGUCAUCACUUGACAAGAGCAUCAAUGAACUGUCUGGACCCCCUUCCCUUCUUCAUAGUGAUCAUAUGGGCGCCUUCACCAACAAAGAGGAAGGAGGAUGAAAAGAGUAAACAGCGAGGUAAAGAGAAAUCAGGAACCACAAAAGAAGGGGCUGACAAAGACCGGGGUAGAGAGAAGAACCGUUCACGACGCAGUGCUUCCAGUGGGAGCAGCAGGUCCAGCUCCAGCUCCAGCAGCAGCUCAGGUUCCAGCUCGGGCUCUUCCAGCGGCUCCAGUUCCUCUGCCUCUAGCCACUCGGGCUCCUCCAGCUCCCGCUCAUCUUCCUCCUCCUCCUCAUCGUCCUCGCCGAGCCCCAGCCGGCAGCGCCACAACAACAGACGACGCUCACGCUCAAAGUCUAAAUCAGCAAAGAAGGAUGACCGGGACCGACGACGGAGGAGUCCCACUCCUAAACCCACCAAGGUCUACCUGGGCCGGCUGACCAGAAAUGUCAUCAAGGAACACAUCCAGGAGAUCUUCUCCACCUAUGGCAAGAUCAAGAUGAUCGACAUGCCCAUGAACCGCGUCCACCCUCACCUGUCCAAGGGCUACGCUUAUGUAGAGUUUGAGACCCCUGAGGAGGCAGAGAAGGCGCUUAAACACAUGGACGGAGGUCAGAUUGAUGGUCAGGAGAUCACAGUCACAGCUGUACUGGCUCCUACAGUGCGCCCUCCACCUCGCAGGCUGUCUCCUCCUCGCCGGAUGCCUCCUCCACCUCCGAUGUGGCGACGCACUCCACCUCGAAUGAGGAGAAGAUCUCGGUCUCCACGGCGACGCUCUCCGGUGCGUCGCAGGUCUCGAUCACCCGGCCGCCGCCGUCACCGGUCACGCUCCAGUUCCAACUCCUCCCGCUAGAGAUCAGGAAACCCCUCCUCCUCCCUUCUGGAUCUGUUCGUCUGCUGUGUCCUUUUGUUUAAAACAAACAUGAAAGAAACAUUUUUAUGGUUAACCGUCACACAUCCAAACCACUACUGUGUACCCUGGGUAGAUUGUUAGAGCCAGUGUUUUAUGCUCAUUUAAAACUGAGAAAAAGGUGCUAUAUGUACGAAUUGGCCACCUGUCAAAUUCAUACUUCACAUUCCAAACCAAUUAGGGGCAGCAUAUCACCAGAAAGUUGGGAUGUCUGUUCCAUUACACUACGUGAGCACCGAAUCAAUAGUGCUUUAUCAGUGCUCUGUUAGUUAGCAAACAAAGUUACUAGGACUAAGACUAAGUAUGAUAGCAAUAUCAAUUCAUUGCUAACGUUUGCUUGAAUGAAUCUAAUCUAGAAGAAGUAACGCUACCCUCUCAUGUUGGACUGAGGGCAGACUGCAUGCUAACAGUGACCUCUUGAGGGACAAAGUGGUAUUACGAGACAAAACACCCGGGGCCGGGGCUAGCUGGUUAGCAUGCUAACUUCAGUAGACUGUAUCUCUACAACAUAAUAGAUAGACGUCUUUGACAUAACGUCAAAACUGUUAUGUCUUCACAUUCUGUUGAUAAUGUGUUAAUUUUUGAAUGUUUUAUACUAAAAUUCUUACAUAUAUCCCAUUUAAAGCAGCUGUAAAGGUAAAUGGCAGUUUUCUGGUGGAGACUGGAGAAACUCUCCAACUGUACUCCACAAGGCAGCUUCCUACACCCACUGUCAAUGUUAAGUAGAGGUUCUUUGUUGAGAAUGACAAAUAUUGGGAUUUUCUGACACUAUCAGUUGACAAAUGGAAAUAUCUGUUACCUCUUUUUAUUAGUAGCCUAGUUCAAUUUUUUGAUUCAAAAUGGGUAGAUUUAGGCAGUCAAAUGCCAGAAAAACAAAAUACAGUUGAAGACUAAAAAUAUACUUUGUCAAAAGUUCUAUAAUGUCCUUGCUUUAAAAGAUUGCUCACACAAAUUUGAGUUCAAUCCACUACUGCAUCUUGUUUUUAUAUUGAUGGUCUGUCAUGUAUUUUAGUGUUUGCAUGGAGUCAUGGAGCAAAUCAGCAACUCCUGGGAACACAUAAAUAACUCUGUUUUCUCAUCACUAAACGUUACUUAAAAUAAUCCUACAGUACAAUCCAUCUGGCACUACAUGUCCACUUUUGGGGCUGUCUAGAGUCAUUUUUUUUUAUUAAAUUACAGAUUUUAAAUGGUGCUAAUGGUCAUAAUUUAGGUCUAAAUCAGUCCUUUUUUUAAAAAAAAAAAAAAAAACAGUUCCUACUGUAACCGUCCUUUUCAAUUUAGAAAUCACACAGUGAAUCUGAUACUAUGGCCAUAAAGAGUCAAGAGGAGGUUGGACAAAAAGACAGAAAUAUCACAUAAUACAGUAGCCCUGCAGUAAAUGGCAAUCUGGUGAUGUUUAUGCUGUUCAUCUUUUGUUUACACUCUCAGAAGCAGGGAUGGGAUGGGGCUGGAAUGCUGUAACAGCUGUUGUCUUAAUGGUCUUUCCUUGGACGUGACAUAUGCUGUCAUUUUGCAGCUUUCCCCCUCAUCGUAUGAUAGAAUUAGCAGGAGUGUGUGAGUGAUGCUGCAGCGUCAUGGCUUACAGUAAAUCCCAAUUACAAAGGCAGCUAUACAAGUGAGUCAUAUUAAGAUAAAUACCAGAUAGAAGUGUGUUUCUGCUUUAAUACACUGUAAGUCUAAAAAUGACAAUGACUGUUGUAUUGUCAGAUUCUUUAAAAAGAGCCCAAAUUACUGGUACAUCAGGAAUUUCUGUUCUUUUUUCCACCUGCUUUUUGUGUAUCACACUGUGAUCUCCUGAUCCAGACGUUUGCGGUUUUAGAUUUGGGAGUGAGAGUUGUGUUUUUUUCUUUCUUUUUUUCUCUGUGGUGGACUGAUAAAACCAGCGUGACCUGUGUGUGUCUGUGUAAUUAUAUGCGUUUUCCACAAAUCUCAUUUUGUAUAGCUAGCUAAGUGUGUGGUUCAACUUGCGGCUUGACAAUAAAGGUCUUGGUUUGAACUUUAAAAAACA